AACACAUCGGUAUUGCCUAUCUAUCAGCAGAGUGGACUUUCCACAAGCCAAGGGAGCCGAAACAUCAGAGCGAGAUGUAACAUAAUGCUGUCACUCAGCAUUUGUAUAAUCUCUUUGGCUCCAUUCACGUCUGCUGCUGUCCAUUCCUUGAAGUACUUCUACACAGCCACAUCAGGAAUCUCAGCUUUCCCAGAAUUCAUUGGUGUAGGUAAAGUCGAUGAUUUAGAGAUCAGUUACUAUGACAGCACCAUCAAACAGGCAGUCCCCAAACAAGAUUGGAUGAAUAGGACUACAUAUGGAUUCGAUGAAGGCUACUGGUCGACAGAGAAAGAGGUGGCUAUGGGAUAUGAGCAGACAUUCAAAGCAGACAUGAGCAUUUUAAAAGACCGCUUCAAUCAGACUGAAGGGUUGCAUGCCUUUCAGAAGACGUAUGGAUGCCGGUGGGAUGAUGCCGGUGGAAUCAUUACUGGUUUUGAACAGUUUGGCUAUGAUGGGGAGGACUUCAUGUGGCUAGACCUGAACAACAUGAGAUGGAUAGCAGUCGUGCAACAAGCAAUUCCUACCACGCAGAGGUGGAACAGGAUGGAGAUGGCAUUUCCAUACAGGAGACAUUAUUUCCAUGGUGAAUGUGUUGAGUGGCUGAAGAAGUAUCUUGACUAUGGGAAGAGCAUUCUGCAGAGGACAGUUCGUCCCGAGGUGACUCUCCACCAGAAAGGUUCUGGGGUAGCGUGCCAUGCUACAGGCUUCUACCCCGAGGAAGUGAAGGUCACCUGGAAGAAAGAUGGAGUGGAGAUGGAUGACGAUGUGGAUGUAGGACGGACACUGCCCAAUGGGGAUGGAACCUUCCAGAAGAGAGCUGUGCUCACUGUCUCACCUGAGGAGAGGAAGAAUGCCCAGUACUCCUGUGAAGUGACACACAGGAGUGGAGACCCAAUUGUUCUGGAUCAUGAGGAAGAGAUAAUUUCUUCAAACAUUGGAGUUGUAGUUGGUGUGGUAGCUCCGAUACUGGUUCUGAUCCUGAUUUCUGGGGUUAUGUUUAAGAGGAAGAUUGGUAAGUUGACAUACAGUACAGGCCAAAAGUGUGGACUCACCUUCUCAUUUAAUUAAUUCUCUUUAUUUUUGUGGCAUAUACAUAAUACAUUUUC